AUGAGCAUCCUUCAGAUCAACACGAAUAGGCCUCAACCGGCGCAUGAUCUUGCCCUAACCACAGCCAUAGAAAUCGGAGCAGGAAUGCUGGUUAUCUGCGAGCCCAAUAAGAAAGGCAUAGAAGGCAGGAAUGACUGGACUUAUGAUGAAGAGCUAGAUACGGCUAUAAAGGUACUGGACCAAACGAUUCCUCUCAAGGAGCAGGGUAAAGGCAAUGGUUUUUCAUUUGUGGAGACUACGACAUUCACAGUGUACAGCUGCUAUACCUCUCCUAACAGAGGUGCGCAGGAGCUAGAAGCGCUUCUGCAACGAAUUGCGAACUGCAUCAGAUCCAGAGGCGAAGACGCGAUAGUCUCAGGAAACUUUAAUGCCAAGUCUUCACAGUGGGGAAUGAAGAGAACAGAUCGCAGAGGGAAAAUACUCACCGAAUGGCUAGCGCAAAAUGACCUUAUAGUCCAGAACAACGGGGAUAAACUCACCUUUAUAAGGAGAGAAUACGGGUCUAUACUAGAUCUGAAUCUGGCAACAAACACAAUCGGUAGCAGGAUAAGACAAUGGAAAGUGAGGGAAAGAGAAUCUCUCAGUGACCACAAUUAUGUCACUUUCGAUAUCAUUGAAAAAUCAAGACCCUUGCGGAGAAACCAAAGACAAACGGGGUGGAACACAAGGAAGCUCGGCAGGGAUAAGCUGCAGAAUGCUAUAGACGACAUUGCAGAGAGCCAGAACGCACUAGCAGCGGAGGAAUUCUCAAGCAGAUUAGGCCAACUCUGCAAUAGGUGCAUGCCUAAAAGAAAAAAAAGAUGGAGAAAGACAACCCAUGUACUGGUGGAAUGA